AUGUUGAAGCAACCAACGCCAGAGAAAGCCAUCGAUAUCAUUUGGUUUAGCGUGGUUUUAUCCUUCUGUUGGCCGCUGCCCAGUAACAGCAGCAAAACGCGAGUACUUGUUUAUAAAACUUUACAGAUCAGUAGCAUCAUUAGCGCUUGCUCGGUGCUCCUCGCUUUGAUAUAUGCGAUUUAUCUGCAUUCAGACGAUAUACUCAGUGUUUCUCAAUGCAUCUGUAUAUUUAUGGGCAUAAGCCAACAGACGAUCCAGGGUAUUAUAUGCGUAAUAAGUCAUGACUCCCUGCAAUACGUGGUCGAGGAGAUGCUAAACUGCGUCAAAGAGGCGCGACAGUAUGAAAAGGAAAUUUAUUGCAAGCUUGUCGCCAAAUGCAGCAUCUUUUUUGGAAGUUCCAUCGUAUGUAUAUAUCUGACCUCGACUGCUUUUUCGGUAGGGCCAGCAUUCACGUCGGCAUCUUUCCCAUGCGACGCGGAAUAUCCAUUUCGCGUUAACGACACGCCAGUACACGUUAUCAUAUAUGUGCAACAGUCUAUCGUCUGCUAUCAAUGCGCUGCACAUUUGUGUCUAAGCAUGUUUGGGGCGCUUUUAUUUUGGUUCACAGCGGCAAGAUUCGAGUGUUUGGCCAUAGAAAUAACACAAAUUACAAAUGCCAGUAUGUUGGUCGUCUGCAUUAAGAAACAGUUGUAUUUAAGAAGAUACGCAGAAGAGGUAGUUAAUAUUUUUCGUUUUAUAGUACUUUAUGCUGUAGGAGUAAGCACGUUUGGUGUUACUUUAUGUGGCAUUAUCUUACUCAUGGAUACUCCACUAAUUGUGAAAAUGCAAUUUGUAAUUCUAUCUUUCACUGUACUCGUCGAAAUUUAUAUAUAUGCAUGGCCAGCCGAUUACUUGAAAGAUAUGAGUAUACAUGUCUCACGAAGUAUAUAUGACACAGUUUGGUACAAACAGACAUUAGAAAUGCAAAAAAAUCUACUGAACGUGUUGGUAUAUCAACAACCAAUAACUCUCUCUAUCAGAUGCAUAAUACCGGAACUUUCUUUGCGUUAUUAUUGUUCGGUAAGGCAACUUAUUAUCCAAAUGUCGAUUAGAAGAAAUUGCAGCAAUAUGGAAAUAGAUCUAUUUUGUGUAUUUUACUUAUUGUAUACAGAGUAUACAGGGAAAAAACUUCGGUAUUAAUUCUAAGGAAUAAUAAAGUUAUUAAAUUAUAUGUAUACAUAUAGGUAUAGAUCUGAAAAUCCUUCUUUUUCGAGAUUUAGGCAUUUUUCUAUUUUGAUGUAUUGUAUUUAGAACCUAGAUUAUGAUGGAAUAAUUAGAAUCUAAAAGAAUUCCUGAAAUUAGUAUCUUCUUACAAC